GGCGCUGCGGGCUCUACUUUAAAAGAGAGAUAUUGAGAUGGCGUCACAAGUCUCCGAAGAAUUCCACACCUUGUAUGUGAACAACUUGAACGAAAAAGUUCCGAAGCAAGAAUUACGAGCUGCACUACAUGCAGUAUUUUCUCCAUUCGGGAAGGUUUUAGACAUAGUAACGGCAAACACAUAUAGACUACGAGGACAAGCUUGGAUUGUAUACGACACAUCCAUGGAUGCAAAUAAUGCAAUGCAGUCAUUACAGAGCUUCCCAUUUUAUGAUAAACCAAUGAAAAUUGUGGUUGCGAACACCACAUCAGACGCAAUCCGCCGACGCAGAGGCGAGCAUAUCGAACGCGAUGGAGCAGUUCGAUUGAGUAGAAAAGUAGAAAACCAAGAACGGGAGCGUUUGCGUAGAAAAAACGCAACUGCUGAGAAUGCCACAAGACAUGAGCCAAAAGCAAUGGAUGGUAUGAAGCGCCCUCCCAGCACACGUAUAGCUGUGCAGGGACUGCCAGGUGCAACGACGACACACAUGUUGGCAUUACUCUUUCAGCAGUUCUCUGGCUACAAAGACGCUACUAUGACGCGUGAAUCAGGCGACGGCGAGGUUGAAUUUGAUACCACGGCAAAUGCCGUAGCUGCGCUAAAUGGGUUACAAGGAUUUCGAUUGAACGCGAACCAUUCGUUGACACUAUCGUUUGCCUGAGCCCUGAGUGACUGGGAUAUCCUUCCAAGUGAAGAGAGCCUCAACAGGCUUUUUAAUAUUUGCCACUUGGCACUCAAGUGCCAAGUUGGCAAGGUUAGUGCUUUGUCUAUUGGCACGUUAGAUCCAUGUCAAGAUUUGCGAAUCAUGCCACUGAAAUAAGGAAUCAAUUUGUCUGAUUAACCCCAAACAAUAAUUAGCCUCACCUGAAUGAGCCUACGUUGUCCAUUACUCUCGUCUUCUUUCUGCGUCAAUAGCUCCCCUUUUGUGAGCUCUAAGUUCUCUUCGAAUGUCUGGAUGACAUCAUCCGCGAUAUCUCCCUCCGGUACCCACAUAUCAUCAACGUCUGAUCUAGUAUUAGUACAUGGUGUUUAAUAUAAGCUUGCAGCCUCACCGUCGAUCCAUCUCACCAGGUAUUCAGCAGUGCCGUUUGACAAGCGCUUUGAAAGUAGCGCGACAGGGACAAUCUCUUCAUAUAUAUGGGCCUCUAUGGCAGAUAACAUUGACUCUAGUGCCACUCUGCGCGAAUACGUCGUCGUUGUUACUGGCGUAUUCGAAAGAAGGGUCUGCACUAGUCCUUGCACCUUUGAGUGAAUAGAUAAGAAGCAAGAAAGUGCACUAAGUGUGUCGAGCGUACCGAGCGACCUGUGUUAUCCUCGAGUUCUGCAUCAGCUCCUGCACUAAGUAAGCACCGUAGGGAGUCGAGUCUCAUGUACCCAGCAGCGAGGUGCGCAGCCGUGUAGCCAUCGACGUCCUAAGAUUCUGAGAUCAAAUUAGAAAUAAUUAAAAUGGGCAGCAUACCUGGGCGUUUACAUCUGCGCCUUCUUUCA